UUAAAGGAUUAAUUUCGCGGGAAUGGAAAAGGUUGACGGCUAUUGUUUUGCUUUUGAAUUUUGAAAAUUAAAUGUCAAAAUGUAUAUUAAAAGCAUUGUGUUAGAAGGUUUUAAGUCAUAUGGAAACAGAGUAGAAAUAAAUGGAUUUGACCCACAAUUUAAUGCCAUAACUGGAAAUAACGGUAGCGGUAAAUCGAAUAUUUUGGAUUCCAUAUGUUUUGUACUCGGUAUACAAAAUUUACAACAGGUUCGAGCUGUAAAUUUAACAGAACUUGUAUAUAAACAAGGUCGAGCUGGUAUAAACAAGGCAACCGUUAGUAUUACUUUCGAUAACAGAGAUAAAGCAGCAUCUCCCGUAGGAUAUGAACACCUUCAUGAAAUUACUGUUACUCGUACCGUUCUAACAGGUGGCAAAACAAAAUAUCUCAUCAAUGGAGUGAGUGCCAAUAACAAUAGAGUUCAUGAUCUCUUCCAGUCUGUCCAGCUCAAUGUCAACAAUCCUCAUUUUCUCAUCAUGCAAGGUCGCAUUACUAAAGUAUUAAAUAUGAAACCACUUGAAAUUCUCUCUAUGAUUGAAGAAGCAGCUGGUACAAGAAUGUAUGAAGAAAAGAAAUUAAGUGCUCUGAGAAAUUUGGAAAGAAAAGAUACUAAACUUCGAGAAAUUAAUACAAUGCUUGAUGAGCAUAUCUGCCCUCAAUUGGAAAAACUGAAAGAGGAGAGAAAAGAAUAUACGAAGUAUACAAAAGUUGUAAGAGAACAUGAACAUCUGUCAAAAAUUUAUACUGCUUGGGAUUAUUCUAAAACAGAGGAAUUAGUUCAAAAAUCUGAUGAAGAAAAAGAAAAACUUCAAAACAGUUAUAAAGAGCAAAAGAAUUUGAUUGCUGAUUUGAAGAAGGAGAUAGAAAAAGCGGAUAAGAAGAUAAGUGAAAUAGAAAAACAGAUAGAUGAGGAAUGUGGAAAUAAACUUCAAGAAAUUGAAACUGAGUUGAAAAACAAACAAGUUACCGAAACCAAGAUUGAUACACAGUUGAGGAAUUUGAAAGAUGCUUUCAAUGAAGAGAAGAAGAAACAGUCUGAAUUGAUAAAGAAUUUAAAUGAAGAAAAAACAUCUUUAGCCCAAAAGCAAAAAGAAUUGACUAAUUCUUUGAAGAAGCUUGAAAAUUUACAAGCCAUAUGUGACAAAGAUAAUGAAGCUGUAACUGCUGCUGAAAAUCAUUUCCAUGCAGUGAAUGCUGGGGUUGGUGAUGACGGAGAAGAAGCUAGUCUUGCUGCUCAGAUCAUAGCUGCUGGAAAGGACAAAAAGACCGCUGAAACUGAAGCAAAGCAACUUGAGAUGUCUAUAAAACACACAAAAGCAGAAAUAGCAAAGAAAGAAGCUGAAAAUAAGAAGGUUGAUGCAAGUUACACUAAGGAUCAAGCUAUGCUUCAAAGCUUGAAUAAUGAAGUUAAGAAACUACAAGCUGAAAUCAGAAAAUUAAAUUACCAAGAAAGCAAAUAUGAAGCGCUUGUUGCAGAACAAAAUAAAAUAAGUGCAGAAAUUUCUAAAUACCAAGAAGAAAUUGACGUUAUAUAUACGAGAUUUCCUCGACUUUCAUUUGAAUAUGUGGACCCUGUUAAAAAUUUUGAUCGGAAAAAAGUCCAUGGUCCUCUUUGUUUGCAAAUGCAAGUGAAAGAUAUUAAUGACGCUCGUGGUGUAGAAACUGUAGCUGGUGGGAGACUGUAUAAUAUUAUUGUGGACGAUGAAGAAGUUGGCAAGCUGAUAUUGUCUAAAGGACAAUUGAUGAGAAGAUGUACAAUUAUUCCUCUCAAUAAGGUUAUGCCAAAAGUGAUCGAAAACAGAAUGCUUCAAGAGGCUGAAAAUCUGGUGGGAAAAAAUAAUGUUGCCGUUGCAUUGUCUCGUAUUAAUUAUCCAAAACAUGUAGCACCUGCUAUGGAAUAUACAUUUGGUGAUGUGUUUAUUUGUCCCUCUAUGGAUGCUGCCCAAAUUGUAACUUUCGCUGAAAAUAUCCGCAAAAAAUCAGUUACCUUGGCUGGUGAACAAUUUGACCCUGCUGGUACAUUGUCUGGAGGAUCUAUAAAUAAUAAACCAAGUAUAUUAGCUGAAAUUGCUCAUAUACCUAAACUAAAGAAAGCAGUGGAGGAGAAGCAACAGCAAUUAAAUAGUCUACAUAUAGAAAUACAAAAUAUCAGAAGACUGAAACAAAGGUAUGAUGAGAUGUGUCAGCAAUAUGAGCUAAAGGAGAAUGAAGCUGGCAUGCUGAAAUACAAAAUUGAGCAUUGUACUUUUCAUAAACAACUUGAAGAAAUUCAGAAAAUGAAGCAGUCUUUGGAGGAGCAGAUUAACAAUUUGUCGAUGUCCAAAGAGAAACAAAAAAGUGCUGAAAAACUAUUAAAAGAAUUAGAAGUUAAGUCAUCAAAAUCCACUAGAGAAAGCAAGGUUAAAGAAGCUGAAACGGCUGUUGCGGAAUGUAGAAAGAAAGCCAGGGCUUCUAUGGAAAAAUUGAAUGCAUUUCAAGCUGAAGUAGAUGCCUUAAAAAUGGAAAUUGAAGGUAUUAUUGAGAGCCUUCCUGCAUGUGAAGAACAGAUAGAAGCAAGUUCCAAAAGCCUUGAAGAAUGCGAAAAACGUUUAAAGCAAGCAGAAGACCAACGUAAAGAAAUAAAGGAUAUUGUUGCAAGUCUUUCUGAGGAGUUGAAAAAACAGAAAGGAGUUUUGAAGUCUCACAGUAGUGAAAUUGGCAAGAUAAAUAAAGAAAAAGAAGCCAUGAGCAAAAAAAUUGCCAGUACAGAAUUGCAGAUGCAACAGUUGGAACAUGAUAUUAAGAACUGUGGUGAUAAUUGUGCAGAAGCUAACAAAAAGUUGAAAUAUCUUUUGGAGAAAAACAAGUGGAUUGAAGGACAGAAAAAGUACUUUGGUGUUCCAAAUUCUGAGUUUGACUUUUCUUCCUUUAACCCAAAAGUUGCUAUUCCUCAACUGAAAGAACUAGAAGAGCUGAAAGAAAAGUUGCACAAGAAUGUGAACAUGAGAGCACAAAACAUGUUAUCAUCUGUGGAGGAACAGUAUGACAAUCUAAUUGGUAAAAAGAACAUUGUCAUGAAUGACAAAGCAUCCAUAGAAAACCUCAUAAAAGAACUGGAUGAACAGAAGAAAGUUGCUGUUGUACGUGCUUGUGAAAAUGUCAACAAAGAUUUUGGUUCUAUAUUUCGAACCUUGUUGCCUGGCUCACAGGCAAAGCUUGUGCCCCAACCAGGGAAAACUGUCCUUGAAGGACUGGAGUUUAAAGUGGCAUUUGGCGAUAUUUGGAAAGAAUCUCUUAAUGAAUUAAGUGGAGGUCAAAGGUCACUUGUUGCUUUAUCCCUUAUUCUGGCUCUGUUGCUGUUUAGUCCUGCUCCCAUAUAUAUUCUAGAUGAAGUAGAUUCUGCACUGGAUCUCUCUCAUACACAAAAUAUUGGAAAAAUGCUAAAGAUGCAUUUUAAAGCUUCACAGUUCAUACUUGUAUCUUUGAAGGAAGGAAUGCAUUGCAAUGCCAAUGUUCUGUUUAGAACUAAGUUUGUUGAUGGCAUGUCAACUGUCAGCCGAACUGUUCAGAAGCAGUAAUUGGACUUUCAUUUAUUCAAAAAAAAGAAAGAAAGAAAAAAAUACUUUUCACUUUUAUGCAUUUUAUCAUUAAUCUGUACAUUUUUGUGGUUAUUUAUAAAUUUUAAAAUAAAACAUCAUGAUCUCUUU